CAGUCCGCACCUGACCAUGCAUCGCAAAUUUUGUUAAUUAAACAUUUGCAUCGAACAGCUGGUUGUGAUACUCAAAUAGAGGUCGGACUCUCUGCUGACUGAUACCCAACUAUAAUUUUGACAGCUUUACAACUUGGACAACUGUCAUAGUACGUUGGCCCUUGCUGGGCCUCUACCUAGGAUGACGGGAUGUCUGAGGCGAGCGGCAGGAGCGCUGCUGCUACUGGCCGGAUGCCUGUCGCUGGUUCCAGCCGGCUGGGCGUUGGACGUUGACUACACGCCUGAGACGACUGCGGAGGCGCUAGCAACAUUUCCUUAUUGUAAAUGCAAUGACUAUCGAACCAGGGCUUCUCCAUACCGGCUCAGGCUUUCUGGUGCUAGCAAGAACACUGCGGGCACUCUUGCCAAAAUCUGCUAUACGAUUGAUAUGCCCGGCUGCUAUGACGACACCAACGAGUGCUGCAAGCUAAUCUACCAGAGGCUUGAGAAAAUCGAGCUGGAAGUGAAAUCGGCUUGCCAAAAGGAUGUUAAGCAGCCUCCACAAUCAACCUGCGAUUGCCUCAGCCCCUUCAUCGAUAAUCACUCUAGGUGGCGGUUCCGCUUCCAGGAGUCUGAGGUGGUGGGCAAUCUGACCGUCUUCAUCUUUACGCUUUCCGUGGAUCCCUCUUCGCAGUGCAUCCCUGUCACAUACCGUGCCGGCGACUGCUGCAACCAGGCAAUGGACGGUGUGUCCCUGGCCCUGCAGCCGUCGUACUCGGGUCUCGUACAUUAUGCCAAGGUUUACACGUACGACGGUAUGGAGAUUGGAGUCAAGACAGGACAUACGGCUUAUGGCGGUCUGGGCAUCACCUUGCCGAAAGUCCUCUACACUACAGAUAUUCCCUCGGGACAGUUCUACACGUUUGAAAUUGCCUUUUCGACCUCAAACUGGGCUGACACGACAAAGCUUCCCUGCCGGGUCUCGGCCUUCACGCCUGGACUACCGUCGUGUGAUUACUCAAUCCAUGGGUGGCAGACCGUGCCUGGCAACCCGUCGGCGAUCCUGCCCCCAAAUGAGCUGACGGCGGGCUGCUGCCCCGAGGGCAUUGUGUCGUUCUGCAGCGAGCGUAUCAACAGUACCUGUAACCCCCGCCUAACGGACUCGCCGUUCCGGCUCAAUUAUGUCAACACUUCCCAGGAGCCAGCGAUCACUGAAACUACACUCAGCUUCCAGAUCUCCGCACAGCCGGUGACGAAUCCGCUGGGCCCACAGGAGGGACUGCCGGACUGCUCGGGCAUGACAUUGCAGAGCGUGAAAAUGUACAUGGCUGAUACCGCAGUCGCAGCGGUCAAGGGCAUUGUACUCAGCAGCGGUGUGUUGUCAUACAGCGUUGGGAAGGACGCGACUGGCGCAUAUGUAGACGUGGAGGUUCCAUCGUCGCGCUCGGGUCUUGGGCGCCUAUUGAUAGUGCUGAGCGGUCUUUUUAACCAAACAGAUGUCUGCGCCUACAAGGUUGGACAGUACUCGGUUUGCAAUUAUGUCUUUAAGGGCGCGAGCGGUAGCUGCUGCGCAAUGGGUGAUGUACCGGUCGCUACGACUCAACGGUCAAUUGUGACUUAUGGAUGACGCGGUCUGGUGUGGUAGGGCUGUGGCCAACGCAGGGCAUGGGAUGGCGAUGACCGGCAUAGGAUGGCAAUAAUUGAUUGAGCCAUGGACCUCGCCACGUAAUUAUGAUAGAUUUAUUAGAUUUUAGGAUCGAUGCGAAUAGGAUUAAUCGUCCCUGUGCUUAGGGAUUAGCCGUGGCAUGGACGGGGUGACAUGACGUCACUUGACACUAGGCGUUGGCGCGCUUCCCCCUGGCUGCACGCCAGUGCAUAGCAUGCUAGAUGCAUUGACAAGUUGAAAUUAACCGCUGCUCGAAGGUGCCGGUGGAAGACGGGCAGAGCACGGAUUAUCGCCUGGGUGCCUUGGGUAAAAGGGUACGACAGGUGGUCUGUGCUUAUAGUGCCAUGUCCCUCGAGUGGAAUCGGUAAGGAGUUAAAGUAGGCGUACACGUUGGCCAUCGCCGUAAUACACGUGUCUUAGGCUGGACAAAGUCACGGUGUGGAGACGGGGAGCGUCUAAGUGCAGUUUUAUAGGAUGACGAUAUGCUGUAAGCCCUGACACUGGCG